CCACCACAACAUGUUCCUCUCCAGCUCCUUGGUAUAGGGGAGAGGGAGUUCUCUGGACUCUAAAAAAUCCACAUGGGUGGCAGCUUCUGGGGUGGUCUUGGGCCAAGAAUACUUUAUGCUGAGAGUUCUAGUUCAUGCUGCUGUUCUGAUGACUCAUGUUGACCGAGGAGCCUUUGUCUUUACUGGGGCAUAGAGCUGGAACCCACUAAGGGCCAGCCACCACAGGGAAAGACCUUGCCCAUAGCCAAAUGGGAUUCCCAGGGCUGAGGAGAGGGUGCAGGGUGGGCACUGCACAAAAGUUCUAUGCUGCCUUGUUAGUUGAUUUCUUUCUUCCUGUGAACACCUGUGCUUUCUACACAGGGCCCAAAGGACUUCGCUCUGGGCCUACUUCAGCUGGAGCAGAUCAGCUUUCUACUAUGGGGUUCUGCAUAAGGUGUCUUCUGAAGGGGAGGGGAAGGAAGAGUAAUACUGCUAAAUACUGUAAGAGUGAAAAUCCUUGGGCCACAAGACUUGCUCCAGCUCAGACAGGCUCAAGGAUGCUGCUCUUUCUCAGGGACAACGCCAAAGAUAAUUUAUCUGAUGUGAGAAUGAGAAAAAGGGCUUCUUAGUUCCUUGUGUUAGUCACUUGUCUGUGAAGCAUCCACACCUCUUAAAUUUCAACCCUCCUGCAGUCCCAAAGACAUAAGUUAUCCUACUGGGAGCAAAGAGCUAAAAAGGCAGGGUAUUGGUCCUAGCAUUUCCAUUCUCAGGCAGGGAUCCUCAUGCCUUGAUUGGAUAAAGCCAGGGUGGGUCUUGGACUGCCCUAAAGGGUUAGUUUACAUGUCCGUCUUUCCAGGACAACCCAGAGCCCCAAGACUGAGAGGGUGGGGCAUUCUUUUGGCCUGUGGGAACCCUGGUUGCCAGUGGUUGGUUUAGCACUGCCCAAAGCACAAGAGUCCCGCUUCCCAUCGGGACCAGCGUCCCAUUCCCCUACCUGCCUUCUCCACCCUCGCAGAAAAGAACGCCCAGGGAGCACAGGGCUUGGGCUUGGGACCACAACGUCCUCCUUUGCCCCAGUUAAAGAAUUAGCCGGCGGAGCCACUGUCUCCCGUCCCGACCCAACGCUGCGUUCUGGCGGUGCCGGCCGAGUCCUCCAAGGAGGCACCACACUGGCCAGAAGCGUGGAGGACCUGAAACAGGCCCAAAUCCCCACUCGGCCCCAGGAUUCUUUGCCGCCUCUUGGCUGCUAAGCCCCGCCCGCACAGAGGGCUCGUCGAAUCCAGGCCUAACCGUUGGGCUACGCCCCCAGCUUCGGUGCGUCAUUUCCGGUAUGCCUCCGGAAGUCGAGCAUUGGAGCGAAAUUUGAAGCUAGCGGGGCCGCGGGGGCACGGCUGCAAAGCUGGACCUUUCGCGGUUUACUUGCCUACCAGCUUCCCUUGAGUCCUGCCACCAUGCCUAUCCGUGCGCUGUGCACCAUCUGCUCCGACUUCUUUGACCACUCCCGCGACGUGGCUGCCAUCCACUGCGGACACACCUUUCAUCUACAGUGCCUGAUUCAGUGGUUUGAGACAGCACCAAGUCGGACCUGCCCUCAGUGCCGAAUCCAGGUUGGCAGGAGAACCAUUAUCAAUAAGCUCUUCUUUGACCUUGCCCAGGAGGAGGAGAGUGUUUUGGAUGCAGAAUUUUUAAAGAAUGAAUUGGACAAUACCAGAGCCCAGCUUUCCCAAAAAGAGAAGGAAAAACGGGACAGCCAGGCCAUCAUCGACACUCUCCGGGACACACUGGAAGAACGUAACGCCACUGUGGAAUCUCUGCAGAAGGCUUUAGACAAGGCCGAGAUGCUUUGCUCCACCCUAAAGAAGCAGAUGAAGUACCUGGAGCAGCAGCAGGAUGAAACCAAACAAGCACGUGAAGAGGCUCGCCGACUCCGAAGCAAGAUGAAGACCAUGGAGCGGAUUGAGCUCCUACUCCAGAGCCAGCGGCCUGAGGUUGAAGAGAUGAUCCGAGACAUGGGUGUGGGACAGUCAGCGGUGGAGCAGCUGGCGGUGUACUGCGUGUCCCUCAAGAAGGAGUACGAGAACCUAAAAGAGGCACGGAAGGCCUCGGGGGAGCUGGCUGACAAAUUGAGGAAGGACUUGUUUUCUUCCAGAAACAAGUUGCAGACAGUUUGUUCUGAACUGGAUCAGGCCAAGUUGGAGCUGAGGUCAGCCCAGAAGGACUUACAGAAUGCUGACAAGGAAAUCAUGAGCCUGAAAAAGAAGCUAACAAUGCUGCAAGAAACCCUGAACUUGCCACCAGUGACCAGUGAAACUGUCAACCGCCUGGUCUUAGAGAGUCCAGCCCCUGUAGAGAUGCUGAACCUAAAGCUCUGCCGGCCAGCCUUCGGUGAUGACAUUGACCUCAAUGCUACCUUCGAUGUGGACACCCCCCCGGCCCGGCCCUCCGGCUCUGGUCCCAACAAGAAGCUCUGCCUGGGAAAGGCACACUCUCCUGUUCAGGAUAUACCCAAGAAGAUGCCCAAAGACCCCAAGCAGGAGUCUCAGCUUUCGCUGGGCGGCCAGCGCUGUGUGGGAGAGCCAGAUGAGGAGCUGGCUGAUGCCUUCCCUGUCUUUAUCCGGAAUGCUGUCCUGGGCCAGAAACAGCCCAAGAGGACCAGGGCAGAAUCCUGUUGCAACACAGAUGCGGUAAGGACAGGCUUUGAUGGGCUUGGAGGCCGAACAAAGUUCAUUCAACCUACUGAUUUGGCUGUGAUCCGCCCACUGCUCGUUAAACCAAAGGCGAAGGCUAAGCAGAGAAUGGGGGUGAGGACAGUUCCCCCUUCCUCCCAGGCCAAACUGGACAUCUUCCUGAGGUAGCCCAGGGGCCCUGGCUCUGGCCUCCUGGAGUUAGGGCAAGAACAGCGUGUCUGAUCAGAGGCCCAGUACAUGGCUCUGACUUGCAGAUCAAGGACUGGCAAGACGGGAUGGCUGGGGGGCAACCCCCAUUGCAAGGCUAGCCUUGAGGGCAGGGGCAGACCCACAGGUGGGGGUGAUAGAAUGGCCCAGAAGCUGCCCAACCUCUGCCACACUGGGCUGGUGGGUGCUGAGGUGACUAGCUCACUCUUCUGGCCAGCAGGGCCUGUUCCUUGUUUCAGGCUCCUGUUCAUAGCCAUGAUCAGAUGCAGCUGGGCCACUUAUGUCCUGAGACCAGGGUUGCUCUUUAACUGUCUGUAUGGACCAAAGUGCUUGAGGCUUCUCAGGCAGCCCUGGGCCAGAGCCCCUGCCUACCUUUGAGUUGCUGCUGGACAUGGUCUGGGCCAGGCAGGGUAGUGGGAUA